AGCCCAAUAAACUCGUAUCAGAAGCAAUGAGCUGUUUGUACUGCUUAGUAUCGCUUAUUCCGAAUGAUUGAUUGGCAGGUGCCCUCUUGUUUUUCGGGCAUUUAUUAUGCAGGAUAGAGAUCUUAGUGAGUACAAUCCUUCUGGUUCUAGUACUAGCAAAAUCAUUUCUUGCAGCCACCAGUUAUGUGCACUGGGUCCAGACUGUCCAAAUCCUAAGCAACAAUGUCCUUAUACCAUCAACUACUAUUCAGAUGAUACUUCAACUUCUGGAUUUCUGGUUGAAGAUGUUCUUCAUCUCCUGCCAGGCAAUUCUGACGUAUCUAACAAAUCUGUCAAGGCUCCAGUGGUUAUUGGGUGUGGUAAUAAACAAACUGGUGGGUACCUCAGUGGAGUUGCUCCUGAUGGUCUCUUGGGUCUCGUUGGAGAAAUUUCUGUUGGGAGUUUUCUUGCAAAAGCUGGAUACAUUAGAAAUUCAUUUUCUCUAUGUUUUAACGAAGAUGAUUCUGGAAGGUUACUUUUUGGGGACCAGGGAAUUGCUGGCCAACAAACUACUCCUUUUUUGCCUUUGCAUGGGAAAAAUUUAACUUAUAUUGUCGGAGUGGAUGCGUGCUGCAUUGAGAGCUCAUGUCUUGAAAAUCCGGAGUUCCAGAUGCUGGUCGACAGUGGGUCUUCAUUCUCAUUUCUUCCAGCACAAAUUUUUGAAAAGGUGGCUAAUGAGUUUGACAGACAAGUAAAUGCUCCAAAAUCAAGCUUUGAAGGAUACCCAUGGAAGUACUGCUACAAAUCCAGUCCCGAUGGGGUGCCUAAGCUUCCUUCUUUCACUCUAAAGUUUGCAACAUCCAAAAGUUUUGUGGUCAAGAAUCCAGUUUUUGUGAUAUAUGGAACUCAGGGUGCUGUUGGAUUCUGUUUAGCAGUACAGGCCGCGGAUGGAGAUAUUGGGACAAUCGGACAGAACUUCAUGACUGGAUAUCAGAUUGUAUUCGACAGGGAAAACUUCAAGCUGGGUUGGUCUGAAUCAAAUUGUAAGGAUCUCAGUGACAGAGCGCCUCUGAAUCCAACGGGCAAUAACAGCUCUUCCAACUCACUGCCGACAGCACAACAGCAGAGCGCACCAAACAGCCGUGCAGUUUCUCCUGCAGUUGCCGGAAAGACACCUUCCGAAUCCUCUGCCAAAUGCCUGUCAUGUUUGGCAAAGCUAUUCUCAUUGAUGCUCAUAGCUCACCUCUCAUAGAGUACAUAAAAUAUAAAUCUUUGUUAGUUCCAUGUAAAUUCUGAUUCUUAGCUUCAUUCUUUCCCAUUGCAUCAUUAUUAUUCACCAUCCCAACAUCCCUUCUUCUUUAUAUAAUCUUAUAUAGGCUUUGAAUUAGGGUGCUCAUACAUAGAGUUGUUCCUAGCACUUCUUCUUAUGUACUGUUGUAUGUAAUAGUAUACACUUCCUUCACAUAGAGAUAUGCAUAAUUCCCAAUUUUGGUUGCAUAUUUUGUCAACCAAUAUUACUUUUUUUUUACAGUUGUCUUUGUUUGAUUCA